UGUAGAGGUCAACCGUCCAUGCUAUAUAAACUGUGGCGGCACUUGACAGACAUGACAGAGACGAUAGUUCUGAUCAAGCGGUAAAUCACUCUCGUCUCAAGAAACGAAUCGCCAUCUUGGGAAUCCAUCUUCUGGAAGCAAACGACACCAUCAUUCAGACGAUAUGUGUCGGCUCGUAGUCGUCGUCGUCGUCGUUGAUGGUGGCGCUGUCGGCGGCAGCACCACAAUCCGUGACGACCCAACCACCACAGAACGCCGGCGUGUACCCCCCGAACUUCCCCACCCCUACCGAGACGUACAGCAGGUUCGCCCAGUUGGAUAUAACAGGGAACUACUUUCUGUUCUGGAGGGCAAACUCCACACACAUCCAUUUCGAAACUCACGUGAAAACUAGGGGCUACGUAGGCUUCGGUAUCUCCAGCAAUGGCAACAUGUACCCGGCUGACGUGGUGAUUGGCUGGGUAAAAGAUGGGAAGGUACACUUUGAGGACCGCCAUACAAUCGGUUUCUAUGAACCAAUCAUCGACGACUCCCAGGACUGGACGCUCAUCGCCGGCUUCGAGAACGACUUCGGCACGGUGUUAAAGUUCUCUCGAGCACUCGACACUUGUGAUGAGAAGCAAGACCGUGUAAUCAAGGAAGGGACCACAAAGGUCAUUUUCUCCUACCACCCAGAUGACCCCAUCCAUGAGACGGGUCUGACAUACCACGGUCACGGCAGACGGGGGUCCAAGAGUCUCCUACUGCUGGACUUGACCCCGACCGUGAAGGUGUUGCCAGCUGACACCCAGCACUUCGACAUGAAGAACCAGGACUUCCACCUACCUGCUGUAGACACGUACUAUCACUGCACCGUCUUCAAGGCGCCCGUACUUCCAAAGAAACACCAUCUCAUCAUGUACGAACCGCUCAUCACCCCUGGCAACGAGGAUGUCCUCCACCACAUGGUGUUGUACACGUGCCCCGGCAACAUGGAUGACAAAUACGACCACAUGGACUACCACUGCUACCACGAGAGAGACCCACUACUUCGGGCGUGUACCGGCGUCUUCCUAGCCUGGGCCGUAGGGGGAGAUGUUCUUCAGCCGUUCUAUCUUCCUGAUAAUGCGGGAUUACCUCUUUGAACAAAAGACGACCCUAGAUUCUUACUGCUGGAGACUCACUAUAACAACCCCUCUCUGAAAACAGGGGUCAUCGACAGCUCCGGCAUGCGCAUCCACUACACGCCGACUUUACGACUUCACGACGCCGGGGUGCUGGAGACUGGAAUCAUGGUAGACGACUUCCAGAUCGUCCCCCCAGAAUACGAGUCCUUCAAAUCCCGGGGGUACUGCAGCAUGGAGUGUAUGCAGAGGGCCCUGACUCGGUCCACUGCCCCUGAGAUGAACGUGUUCGCAGUGUUCCAACACACCCAUCUUAUUGGGAAGGGAAUCAAGACCCGUAUUGUCAGGAACGGCACUGAGAUCGAACCCCUCAUCGUGGACGACAACUACGACUUUGACUUCCAGGAAACCAGGCUGCUGGCUCAUGAGAGGAAGUUACAAGUGGGGGACGCCAUCAUCACCGAGUGCGACUACCGGUCAAAGGAGAAAGGCAAGUUCACACUUGGUGGCCUGAGUACCAGUGAUGAGAUGUGCCUGUCCUUCAUCCUGUACUAUCCCCGGAGUCCGAUGGCCUCGUGUUCGAGCCAGCCUCGGUACGACGCCUACAUCAAUGACCCGAGCGAGGGGGACGCCCUGAUCAACUACCUCCAUACCCUUGACUGGAAGAACCAGACAGUUAGGGACGACUUCCAGAAGAAAACUGACGACUCCAUCAACGACAUGGAAUGCCUAGACUAUGCGUUUCCAGCGGGCUACACGGACAAGACUCACCCCGAUCCCGUGACUACUCCCUACGUCAAACCCAAGAGCAGCCUGUUGGCUAUAUACUUUACUGCCAUGUACACUGCAGCUGUUGGAACGACUUCUAUUCUGAAUAUGUUUCGGCUCGUAGUCGUCGUCGUCGCCUUAAUGGUGACGCUGUCAGCUGCAGCACCUAAAUCCGUGACGACCCAGCCGACACAGACCGCCGGCGUGUACCCCCCGAACUUCCCCACCCCUACCGAGACGUACAGCAGGUUCGCCCAGUUGGACACAAAGGGGAACUACUUCCUGUUCUGGAGGGCAAACUCCACACACAUCCAUUUUGAAACUCACGUGAAAACCAGGGGCUACGUAGGCUUCGGUAUCUCCAACCAUGGCAACAUGUACCCCGCCGAUAUUGUGAUUGGCUGGGUGGAGGACGGGAAGGUGCACUUUGAGGACCGCCAUACAAUCGGUUUCUAUGAACCAAUCAUCGACGACUCCCAGGACUGGACGCUCAUCGCCGGCUUCGAGAACGACUUCGGCACGGUGUUAAAGUUCUCUCGAGCACUCGACACUUGUGAUGAGAAGCAGGACUUUGUCAUCAAGGAAGGGACCACAAAGGUCAUUUUCGCCUACCACCCAGAUGACCCCAUCCACGAGACGGGCCUGACAUACCACGGGGCCGGCAGACGGGGGUCCAAGAGUCUCCUUCUCCUGGACUUGACCCCGACCGUGAAGGUGUUGCCAGCUGACACCCAGCACUUCGACCUGACCAAUCAGAAGUUUCAAGUUCCUUCCGCUAACACCUUCUACCACUGCUCCGUCCACAAGAUGCCAGUGCUACCGAAGAAGAACCACCUGAUAAUGUUCGAGCCAGUCAUCACCCCUGGCAACGAGGAUAUCGUCCACCACAUGGUAGUGUAUACGUGCCCGACGGAGCUUGACGACAAAUACAACAACUUCGACUACCACUGCUACCACAUCAACGACAUGACGCUGUUGUCGUGCCGGGCGGUGUUCCUAGCCUGGGCCGUGGGUGGAGAGCCCUUCUAUCUACCUACUGAUGUUGGAAUGCCACUCGGAAUGUCGGAAGGCCCUGGCCACGUGGUCCUGGAGACACACUACAACAACCCCACACUUAAAUCUGGGGUCAUCGACAGCUCCGGCAUGCGCAUCCACUACACGCCGACUUUACGACUUCACGACGCCGGGGUGCUGGAGACUGGGAUCAUGGUUGACAAAUUCCAGAUCGUUCCCCCAGAAUACGAGUCCUUCAAAUCCCGGGGGUACUGCAACAUGGCGUGCAUGGAAAAGGCCCUGACUCGGUCCACUGCCCCUGAGAUGAACGUGUUCGCAGUGUUCCAACACACCCAUCUUAUUGGGAAGGGAAUCAAGACCCGCCUUGUCAGGAACAACACUGAGAUCGAACCCCUCAUCGUGGACGACAACUACGACUUUGACUUCCAGGAAACCAGGCUGCUGGCUCACGAGAGGAAGUUACAAGUGGGUGACGCCAUCAUCACCGAGUGCGACUACCGGUCAAAGGAGAAGGGCAAAUUCACGCUUGGUGGCGUGAGGACCAGUGAUGAGAUGUGUCUGUCGUUUCUCCUGUACUACCCCCGGAGCCCUAUGGCCGACUGCAUGAGCCUCCCUCUGUACGACAACUACAUCAAGGACCCGAGAACCGAGAAGCACGCCCUGAUCAAUUACCUCCAUACCCUUGACUGGAAGAACCAGACAGUUAGGGACGACUUCCAGAAGAAAACUGACGACUCCAUCAACGUCAUAGAAUGCGUGGACUACGCAGGGUAUCCAGCGGCCUACAGCGCAAAGACUCACCCCGAUCCCGUGACCACGCCCUACGUCAAACCCAAGAGCGACGUGUGCAGCGCCAAAUAGGACGCCAUGCUUCGAAAUUUGUACUUUUUUAAAUUAAAAAAGUUUUGUUGUUCACGAAUAAAUUUUAAAAUGGUUUAUUCC